AUGUCUUCUUCGUCCGCCGUCACCUCAAAACCACCGCGCGUGCUCGCAUGCGUGCUAUGUCAGCAGCGCAAGGUGAAGUGCGACCGCAGCUUCCCUUGCGCGAAUUGCGUCAGAUCCCGCGCGCAGUGUGUGCCGGCAACCCUCUCUAGACGCCGCCGAAGACGCAGAUUCCCCGAGCGAGAGCUGCUCGACCGUCUGCGCAUGUACGAGGACCUGCUGCGCCAGAAUAGUAUCUCAUUUGAGCCACUGCACAAGGACUCACCUGGCGAUAUCAAAAGCAAUGAUGCGAGGAGUGACUACGAUUCGGAGGCACAUGAUGCGGAAACGGCGGUGCCACAGCCAACCCUCAAGCGCAACGAAAGAAGGUACAAACAACGAAGCCAAUUUCGUGACCCUGAAAACGACAGCGAUUCUUCACACGAUGAAGUGCGUGAGGCAGCGGUCAAGACAGCAUGGGACCAUACUGUUCCAAAGGACGACAACCUUCUGUUUGGCACACGCGACACGACUGUCGAGCUUUCCACAUUGCAUCCCGAUCCAGUCCAGAUAUUCAGGCUUUGGCAGGUGUACUUGGACAAUGUAAACCCGCUGCUCAAGGUCACCCACACUCCUACUUUGCAAGCACGCAUUAUAGAAGCCGUCAGCAAUCUGGCAGGCAUUAACCACACCCUGGAGGCGCUCAUGUUUAGCAUAUAUUGCAUGUCCAUUACGAGUCUUAAUACCGAAGACUGUCAGUCUAUGUUUGGGUCUUCAAAGGAAGAGCUCCUGGCGAGGUAUCAGUUCGGCUGCCAGCAAGCGCUAUAUAAUUGUGGGUUCUUACGGUCCAGCGAUCGUGAAUGUUUGACUGCGUUAUACUUUUACCUCCUCUCCGUUGUUCCCAAUACGGUUCCUCAGUCUUUGUACUCCAUGCUCGGUGUUGCUAUUCGAACCGCGCAGCGCAUGGGUAUUCAAAACGAGUCGGCUUUAGCGAAACAUCCUGUCAUUGAGGCAGAAAUGCGUCGAAGGCUGUGGUGGUCGCUCGUACUUUUUGACUAUCGCCUUAGCGAGAUAACCACCUCCCAUAUCACAACAUUAGAUCCCACGUGGGACUGCAAGGUUCCUCUCAACGUGAAUGAUUCCGACCUUCGGCCAGAUAUGAAAGAGCCUCCUGCCAUUCAAGGCGUAUCUACGGAAGCACUUUUUGCAGUGUUACGUAGCGAGCUCGGUGAAUAUAUUCGUCACACUCUCGCGCAUCUCAAUUUUACCAAUCCAGCUUUGAAAUCACUGGCGAGUAUUUCCCAGAAUGGUUCUGCUUCAGAAGGUGGUGAGAUGGACCAGUUGGAGAGGAUAAUUGAGAAUCGGUAUCUCAAAUUCUGCGAUCCUGAGAACCCACUCCAUUACAUGACGAUAUGGACAAUGCGAGCAUAUAUUGCUAAAUCCCGUCUCUUCGAGCACCAUGUGAAAUACUACAACUCAUCCGUGAGUCAGACAGAUGCGCAGCGUGACUCGGCCACAUCCCUUGCUCUCAGGAUGCUUGAAAGUGAUACGAAGAUCAUGACUUCUCCUAUCACUAAAGGAUUCCGUUGGAUAAAUCGUCUCUAUUUCCCAUUCCCAGCGUAUCUUCAAAUUGCCCAAGACUUGAGGAUGCGACCUGCUUCCAAGCAAGUCUCUCUGGCCUGGGAGGUUCUGAGCGACAGCUACGACGCUUGGUUUGAAUCUCAGAGUACAGAUAUCGGUCCAAUUUAUGAGAUCUACGCAAGAGUUAUCCUUCAAGCAUGGGAGGCUUGCGAAGAAGCCUCCAAGCUAUCCGGUGUGACCUCGACGCCACCUAGAAUUGUCACAUAUAUCCGACGCACACUAUCAGGGGGCCCCAAGCAUGCACCGGACGAUAGCACCGACUACACCAACAGCGAUAUGGACAUAGCGGCCGAUAAUCCUCCAAUGCCGAUGCCAGCAAACUUCCCUGAUCUGAGUCUGCUGUAUCGCAAUAGAGUACAGAAUAGUUUUGCUGCUAUGCGACCCGAAAUCUAUCCUGUUAUGUUCCAACAAGCUCCUCUAGAUGGUCAUACGGAUCAAUUGGACUGGACUGCGUUCCUAGGACAGCCUAAUUGGCUAGGGUUCUGA